AUGGGGAGUCCCUCUUUGCCACCAUACAACCCCUCAACCUCCACCUUGGCCUUUGACCAGCAUUUCACUACGACCGUCAGAGGAAUGCUACUACUGGCUGAGAUAGUGUGUGGUAUGCUGGUGUGGAUUCUUGUUGGGGGUACAGAGUAUUUUCAUCUGUCUGCUCUCUGCUGGGUGAUGUUUUUUUCAGUCUCACUCUGGAUUUUGACCAUAUGCCUGUUCAUAAUUCACCUCAUUGGAGCCCACUACAGGAUAACAUGCAUACCCUGGCCUAAACUGCUGCUGUGUUUUUACUGCAGUGCUGCUGCUCUGUAUCUGGUGACAGCAGUGGUGGAGGCUGUCACCGUUAACCAGGCCACUAGAGGACGACACAACUACAACUGUUGGGCCGCAUCAACGUUUUUUGCGUGUCUGACCACAGUGUGCUAUGUGGGGAGCAGUUACUUGAGCUACUGUGUCUGGAAAACCAAAGAAGAGGAGCAGUAGCGUCUUUGGCUCUGGAGCUGUUACGUCAGCAUUCAGGCCUCCGUGUGCGUCAUCAGGAGAUAGAAGGGCAACCAACACUGUCCAUGCUGUUACUUAAGAGUGAUUAAGCUGAGUCUGCUGAUAAUUAUAAUCAAUUAAAAAAAAAGGAUUUGAACAACUACUUGUUUUCAACAAAGAAGAAGAGUUUCCCGAUGUGUACUCCUUCAUACCCACUGUUGAGGAAAAAAGAGUUUCAAGAAAUCUGGCAACUUGAAAAAGGAUUUUUCAUUUAGAUCAUAUUUAUUCACCACAACCUGAACCAUUUUAAACAAGUUCUCCUGUAAUGUUUUUUUUAUUUUUUUAUGUUGUACUUCCUUUUGUUCCACUCUCUUUCCAGAUGUUUCUACACUGCUUUAGUCCAGGCUCUGUUUUUAACUACUAUUGUAGCUAUCCCAAAUAUUUCAGUUUACUAUUACAUUUUUUAAUCAUUAGUCAGUAUUAUAGCUUUUCAUGAUUCACUUGUGCUUUUAUUGUUGCUCUUUUCCAUAUAGACCACAUCCCCAUCACAGCUGGUGGACUCUGGACAGGUCACCAGUCCAUCACAGGGCCACACACAGACAAACAACCACAAACACUCACAUGCUAUCCUAGAGGCAAUUUGAAGCGUCCAAUUGACCUAACAUCAUGUUUUUGAACGGUGGAAAGUACACCCACACAGAGAGAACAUGCUAACCCCACACAGAAAGGUCCUGGUUCCCCCGGGGACUAGACCCAAGAACCCUCUUGCUGUGAGGCGAUGGUGCCAACCACCACACAACCACCACCGAAAGUCCAUAUUAAUACAGUUUUAUUACAAAACUGUUUUGUUGAUAAGAAUCACAUCGGUUUUCUUUAAAAUGUGUUAAUCAGAUACAUUUUUUAUUAAAAUUUAAUUUGAUUUAAUUUAAUCUUUUAUUUUCACAUUUCCACC